AUGGCAGAUCGCAACAAGGACUCGGGGGGCCGGAGACGGCGCUCCAGCAGCAUUCUCCAAGUCUAUCACGAGCCUCCCGAGACACUCGAGCAGAUCAGUGAUCAGGCGGCCCUACCAAACUUGAACGCUAACUGGACAAACGCCAAAGGUGCUUGGACAAUUCACAUUGUGCUCAUUGCAUGCUUGAAGAUCUUCUACGAUGUCAUCCCAGGAGUUUCGCAAGAAACAUCAUGGACAAUGACCAACAUCACAUACAUGAUCGGCUCCUACAUCAUGUUCCACUAUGUCCGCGGCGUGCCCUUUGACUUUAACAGCGGGGCCUUCGACAACCUCAACAUGUGGGAGCAAAUCGACAACGGCGCUCAGUACACACCUACAAAGAAGUUCCUGCUCAGCGUGCCGGUGGUUCUCUUUCUCCUCAGCACGCACUACACGCAUUACGAUCUUGCGUACUUUGUGAUCAAUUUCCUAGCUGUGCUCGGCGUGGUCAUCCCCAAGCUUCCGUUUUCCCAUCGCAUGCGGUUCGGUUUGUUCUCGGGUCUCCCUGAAGAAUAA